UCUGAGGUACUGUAAAAAAUCCAGCUGCAGAUUUCCACCGAAGUUGUCACCUGUCACUGUCACUGUCACUGUCACUCUCCAGCAUCAAGCUCCGCGCUUUCUCUGUCUUCGUCCACCACCUUCAACGCGGCCACGAAUAACCUUUAGUUGAGGAGGUGCUUCUACUCUGCAAUCUCCAAUGGAUCGAUUGAUUGCUUGAUUGAUUUCAUUCGAUUCAAUACCCAAACAGGGGCGAUUGUAAUUCUGCAGGCAAAGGUAGACCUAGAACAAACCCUAGGGCUCAGGUGGAAUUGGGGAUCAUGGAUUCCACGUCCUUGCGAUUCAUAACGCACCAGGCGUUUUUCUCCGCCGUCCGAUCCGGCGACGCCGCGGCUCUCCGGAACCUCAUCGAGAAUGAGGGGAGCGAUCCGUCUUCCAUGAUGGCGCUGCAGAACGAUAACAAGGAAACCGCGCUCUACAUCGCCGCCGAGAAUAAUUACCUCGAGAUUUUCACCUAUUUGCUGAAUUUCUGCGACUUGCCGACGGUUAUGAUUCGGGCGAAAUCGGAUAUGGACGCCUUCCAGGUCGCGGCGGCUAGGGGACACCUAGGAGUUGUGAAGGAGCUUCUGGGGAGGUGGCCUGAGCUUUGUAGGGUGUGCAACUCAUCGAACACAAGCCCUCUGUAUUCAGCAGCCUCCCAGAAUCAUCUGGAUGUUGUGAACGCCAUUUUAGAUGCAGAUGUGAGCUCAAUAAGGAUUGUGAGGAAGAAUGGGAAGACGGCAUUGCAUACUACAGCGAGAUACGGCCAAUUGGAGAUUGUGAAAGCCCUCAUCGAAAGGGAUCCUGGAAUCAUCCCCAUCAAGGAUAAGAAAGGCCAAACUGCUCUCCAUAUGGCCGUCAAAGGUCAGGAUGCAGCCGUGGUCGAAGAAUUAUUGGAAGCCGAUCAUUCGAUAUUGAACGAACGUGACAAGAAGGGGAAUACUGCAAUUCAUAUAGCCACGCGGAAGAACCGUUCUCAGAUAGUCGCCGUUCUGCUCACAUAUCGAUCGAUCGACGUCAAUGCAAUCAACAACCAACGCGAAACGGCAAUGGACAUUGCGGACAAACUCCAAUACGGAGAACAUGCGUUGGAGAUCAAAGAAGCUCUCUUAGAAGCCGGUGCGAAGCACGCGAGGCACGUCGGCCAAGUCGAUGAAGCGAUGGAACUCAAACGUACGGUGAGCGACAUCAAGCACGAAGUGCAGUCCCAACUCAUACAAAACGAGAAAACGCAGAGGCGGGUAUCGGGAAUCGCAAAAGAACUCAAGAAGAUACACCGAGAAGCUGUCCAAAACACCAUCAACUCCGUGACGGUGGUGGCCGUUCUCGUCGCUUCGAUCGCCUUCAUCGCAUUAUUCAACUUGCCGGGUCUGUAUGUUUCCGACGGGAAGGAAGCGGGCGAGGCCCGUAUCGCUCACACGGUCGCAUUCCGCUCUUUCUGCCUUCUAAACGCCACGGCCCUUUUCAUCUCCCUAUCCGUCGUCGUCGUGCAAAUCACUCUCGUCGCAUGGGACACGAGAGCUCAGAAACAGGUCGUAUCCGUGGUGAACAAAAUGAUGUGGGCAGCUUGUAUUUGCACUUGCGGUGCAUUCCUAUCGAUAUCGUUCGUCGUCGUCGGGAAAGAAGGCGCGUGGAUGGCGACAACCAUAACUGCGCUCGGCGCGCCAAUCCUCGUCGGGACACUGAUCAGUUUAUGCUACUUUGUCUUCAGACAACAUUUCGGGAUGUUCGGGAGCGAUUCCCAGAGACGGAUCAGACGAGCGAGUGGAAGUAAGUCGUUCUCGUGGUCUUAUUCUGCGAAUAUUUCGGACUUAGAUGACUAUAACUCUGAUGAGAAAAAAAUAUAUGCAUUGUGAGUCUGUUUAAGGGUUCCACGGUAUUAAAAGAUCUUAGCAAAAGAUUCGGUAUCCAAAAUAUGUGUAUAAUUAGAGGUUAUAUUAUAGAGUAACUAUAACUGACUUUUCUGUAUAGGCUUUUAGAUCUUUGCGAAUAAGAAUGGCAUCGAGUUGGCUGCUUA